UUUUUUUUGUGCAGGGUUGUAUUUGGCUAUUUGGGUACUGACAGGCGAUGCCAAGCCUUGAAAUCUGGGGAAACUCAAUGCUGCGGCACCGCCAAAGAACCCCUCGCCAAGUACUCGAGUGUAGGCAACGACCACUCUCUACUCAAGUACACCUACACACUGGUGCACAUACACUCACCACCACCACCACCACCAGUACCUCUUCCUCGUCGUGCCCCUCACCAAGCUCGGUUUCAGGUUCAGGCCCAGGCUCAGGCUCAGGCCCCCCCUCUAUUCAUCGCCUCCCACCAUCCCCAUUGCAAUGCGGCAGCACAUGCCCUAACUAGCCCGCAGACUGGCUUCCCCUUCUCAGCGGCGCUCUCCAGCAUCAACUCCUCCGUCAACCUCCCUUUCCCCCCACCACCAACAGCUGCGGCUUCGGCUUCAGCUACAGGCCCAACAACAACAGCAACAACAACAGCAACAGCCACUCUCUCCCAUCAGAUCGUCGUCUGCUCGCCCUCCAACGUAUACACCACUGAUUCCGACCUCGCCGCCGAACCUCCAUCCCGCUGACCCUGAAAGAAAAGAUAGCGUCCUUCACCCUCGAGUGGCUGUACUACUCGGUGUGGAGAAGCAUUGGCAUUUCCCUCUGCUGCUAUGUCGCGCUCUAAGUACAGCGCCAGCCGCAUGGUGGGGCUUGCGAUGUGCAUUGACUUUUAUGGGGGAAUUGUUGCUGGAUGAGGAAGUGGGCGUUGUGGACGGUGCUUGGAGUGUAGAACGACGAUUCAGGGUUACGGAAGUGUUUUUGGCUGUACUCUGGGUAUGUGGUUACGUAAAUUUCCAAUCCCUUGGAUGAUGUGCCAGAUUUCAAUAUCUCCUCCAUCCACGGACCAUGCGUUCAUGUCCAUUUCCAUGUCCAUGUCCAUGUAGAGGCUGAUGGAGUUCGCGAAACUGAGUUAAUGGAAAGGCUAACUGCUUUAUGAAAAGUGUUGUGCCUCAGCCUAUCUUUCCUUCUAUUUUACAGACUGCCUUAUGUCUCGCUGGUUUGUUGCCUUUUCUUGUGCCUCACUCAGUCUACCACAGACACCUCGCUCAUCUCUUCCAACUAGGCUCCUAAAUUAUACACCUCAGGCGACACUUGUGCGACUGCUCACAAUAAAUGCUCUCAACGCCUACAUAACCUCGUGGGUCCUCUACCUCUCAGGCGGCUCAAAGGACCCUAGAUUACUAUUGCCAGCUUGGAUAAGCAUAGCCAGUGUUAGAAUUUUCUCCUCAUCGCUGCUCAUCUGCUAUAUCAUCUCUCUUUCUUCCCCCUUGCGCACCCAAUCAUCCUAUACCCUACAGUCUACUUUCAUGUUUUCCACUAACUUUUAUUCUAGACGCUAACAUUCCUCUACCACCUGACACACCCACGCCUAGCCAUAUUAAAGGAAACCUCUCUCUCUAUUUCCGUUUUCAGCAUUGCAAGUUUCAUAAGCAUGGUCUCUCUCCUAUUACAACUACAUCUCACCCGCGCCAAUGACCCACCUGUCCCUCUCUUCAUGAUUAUUCGUCAAUCUUGGAAGUAUGCAAAGUUAGGUGUUGAUAUGAUUGGAAUGGUAGGGAGGGAAUUGUAGCUAAGACCCAAAAGUUUAAAACGCUAAGUGUAGAUCAUCCA